GACGAGCGGAGCCGGCGGCGGCUAAAGGGCAGGUUGGUGCCCCCUUCUCGGCCCGCACCCCCCCCGGCCAGGCAGUAUCCGGGCCUGAACGAGACCCUUACCCGCCUCAGCAGCCUCCGAUGAACGCCAAGGGGUAAGGCAAGGGAGCUGAUCAGCCACCAGGACUGAGAAAGAACUUCUGUGAGCCCCAAGCACCCCGCCAAGACCCCCCACCGAUCACAAGACUAAAGAGGAGGUGUAGGCCAGACCUGCGCACCGGGACAAGCCCCACACAGAUCACAGGCCCGAAUUCAACAUCUCUGUCAUCCACGGAGAGGAGAAGAUGACUCUUACAAGCUACAGGUGCCAGAAAUAAACAUCAGCCGGAGAUAGGCACUGAGACAAGACUCUCACCAGGCACAGCAAUGUAUCAGCCACAUACGCUAGGACUGGAGCCUUACCAAUCACUGGAACCAAAAAGUGCCUAUCCGAGAUACGUAGAAGAACAAGAUCCCUACGAACGUGGCCAUGGCCCCUAUCAGCCCCAUGAACCAGGUUACGGUCUUUAUCAGCCAGGAUACGGUCCAUAUGAUGAUCAGAUACCCGAUCCCACAUCCCAAACGCUGGCAAUUGAGAAUGCAAAAGCCUAUUUACUGAAGAGCAGCACAACAUCUGGCCUGAACUUAUAUGAUCAUCUUGCCAAUAUGCUAACAAAGAUCCUGGAUGAACAGCCCACAAAUGCAGUAGACAUCAUUGAGAAUAUCAGCAAGGAUGUGAAAUGGGCUCAGUUUCGGAAAAAAAUGGACACCCUUCGAGAUGAACAUGAGAUUCUUCCAACAUUUGAAGCUGCAGAAAAGCGUAAAGCUUUGUUCCUCAAGCCAAAUGGAGAAGGAGAUGAAGAAUUAGACGAAGAGAUAGGAGAGAGCCCUCUACCUAAUGUGAUGGAAACAGCCUUUUAUUUUGAACAAGCUGGAAUAGGCUUGAGCAAAGAUGAAUCUUACCAUAUAUUCCUUGCCCUUAAAAAAUUAAUUAGUGUUCAGCCAGUCCAGACCUGUCGCUUCUGGGGCAAAAUUCUGGGCCUAGAGAUGAACUAUAUUAUAGCUGAAGUACAGUACCUUGAGGGGGAAGAGGAGGAGGAAACAGAAGAGGAAGAAGUUCCUGAGGAAAGAGGGAAAGAGGUGGAUGAGGAUGAAGAUGAAGAGGAGAAAGAAAAAGAAUAUGAACCACCAGUGUCCACCUAUAAGCCCCCACCUGUCAUCCCAAAAGAAGAAAAUGGGACUGGGGCUAAUAAAUACGUCUACUUUGUCUGUAAUGAGCCAGGCAAACCCUGGGUGAAGUUGCCUCCAGUGACACCAGCCCAGAUUGUCUGUGCCAGGAAAAUCAAGAAGUUCUUCACUGGUAGGCUGGACGCUCCUGUUGUGAGCUUUCCUCCUUUCCCUGGAAACGAGGCCAAUUACCUGCGUGCACAGAUAGCUCGGAUCUCAGCAGGAACCCAGAUCUCUCCCAUUGGAUUUUACCAGUUUUCAGAGGAAGAAGGAGAUGAAGAGGAGGAGAUGGAAGGAGGAAGAAAUAUAUACGAAGAAAACCCCGACUUUCAGCCUCUUUCUGUGGCUGAAAUGGUGGAUUCUCUCUCCGCGUGGGUACACAAUGUACAGAGUAUUCUAAAGCAGGGUCGCUGUGUUUGGCUUAAUCCUCUUCAAAAAUCAGAGGAAGAAGAAGAAAACGAAGAGGAGGAGAAAGAAGAGGAGCCAGAGGAAUUACCGCAAGAACUACAGCAAGAAAUAGGACCUCCUCUUCUCACUCCACUCUCUGAAGAUGAAGGAAUUCAAAACAUCCCUGCUUGGACAGCUCAGCCUUCUACAAACCUGAUCCCGCAACACGCUGUGGCAGUUCUCCAGUCCAACCGAUGGCCCGGAGCGUAUGCCUUUGCAUCUGGCAAGAGAUUUGAUAACAUCUACUUUGGCUGGGGUCACAAAUACAGCCCAGAGAACCACAUUCCCAUACUGCCUCCACCAGCACAAGCAGAGUACCCCAGCGGGCCAGAAAUCACCGAGAUGAGGGACCCCACCGUGCAGGAGGAACUGGCUUUCAAGGCUGCCAAGGAAGAGGCCUUAGCUGCAGCUGAGGAAGAGGAAGAGGAAGAAGAAGAGGAGGAAGCUGCUGAGGACGAAGAGGACGAUGAUUAAAACACAGAAAUACAAGGGGGGAAGAAAUGUAUUUUAAACGUUUGAACACUAAUAGUCUUUUCAUAAAUAAAUCAUUAAUUAGUUGA